UUCUAACAUUUGAGGGCAUUAUUACAUUCUCUCAAAAUCCAUGGAUUCCCAUUGGCUUCACCAUCUCCUCUCUGUCUACCUCUCCUUCACAAUCGCCAUACUAGAAUCUAUCCUCUUAGCUCUAUCUAACAUCAAACGGUUCCCCUUCUUCGUCACUCUCGCAAACACCAUCCUCUCCCUCUAUUAUCGAUUCAACUGCAAUCUAUCACCCUACACCGUUGAUCUGGAUGACCAGACCACCAUGCAUUAUUGGACCGCCUCUCACAGACGGUUCGAUAAGCCCAACCUCAUCUUAAUCCACGGCUACGGUAGCACCUCGCUAUGGCAGUUCGUGCGCCAGGUGGGGACACUGUCCCGGAGUUUCAACUUGUACGUACCUGAUCUGUUGUUCUUUGGGAAGUCGCACACAAAGCAAUCAGACCGAACAGAUGUGUUUCAAGCGAGGUGUGUGAGUGAGGGGCUGAAGAGAUUGGGUGUGGAGAGGUACUCGGUGUACGCUAUUAGUUAUGGGGGAUGGGUGGGUUACCGGAUGGCUGAGAUGUACCCUAAGGUGGUAGACAAGGUUGUGAUCGUUAGCAGUGGGUUGGGGUUUGUAGGGGAGGAGAGAGAAAAACACCUUAGGAAGAUUGAGGUGAAUAUUAUGGAUUUGCUUUGUCCACAGAAAUCAGAUGAUUUACGAUCGCUAGUCAGUUUGACGAUGCACAAAUACAAUCUAGCCAAGUGGAUUCCAGAUUUCUUCCUUCGCGAGUACAUCAGUGUGACGUCUAAAAAUUUCAGGAAGGAGAGACUAGAACUUGCAGAAUACUUACUGGCAAAGACUACAGAUAAUGAUCUCCCUACUCUAACCCAGGAAACACUACUUAUUUGGGGUGAUAAAGACAAUGUCUUCCCUCUAUUUUUGGCCCAUCGAUUGCAAAGUCAUUUGGGACCAAAAUCGAAGUUAGAGAUAAUUAAGGACACAGGACAUGCAGUAAAUUUCGAUUCUCCUGAUGUGCUUAAUGAUUUGAUCAAAUCAUUUGUUUUAAGUAGCCCAAAACUUGAAGUCGAAACUUGCAUUCAAGCACAAAAAAGGUGUCUUACUAUUGAUUUUUAGUUAUUUAUGGUUUUAUUGGUGCUGAUAUAUAUAGUACUAGUUAUAAUUUAUGGUUUUAAGUAGUUCUCUUGAGCUCCAUUCUUGUUGCAAAAAUAAAAAUUCUGUAAUUUGUCUACAAGUGCACAUUUGUUAUCGGAGGCAAAUUGCCUAAAUGGCAUUUCCAAUGGAAUAAAUUUUUGAUUUGUUUUA